AUGGAAAUGCAGGAUCUAGCCAGUCCUCACAGCCGAGUAAGUGGAAGCAGUGAAUCUCCUAAUGGUCCCAACCUCGACAACUCACACAUCCAUAACAAUUCCAUGACACCCAAUGGCACUGAAGGUGAUAACAUCACAAUGCUUACCACUGCAGACUGGUUGUUAGGUUCUAACUCACAGUCCGCUGCUGUGUUUUCUUUGUUUGCAGUUAAAACCGAGCCAAUGAGCAGCAGCGAAAUCAUCACCUCAGUAGCAGACACCUCUCUAGACAGCUUCUCAGGAUCAGCCAUUGGAACCAGUGGCUUCAGCCCAAGACAAACUCACCAGUUCUCUCCACAGAUUUAUCCUUCCAAAACAUAUCCGCAUAUUCUUCCUACCCCUUCAUCCCAAAAUAUGGCUGCGUAUGGGCAGACGCAGUACACCACAGGAAUGCAGCAGGCCGCAGCUUAUGCUAGCUACCCCCAGCCUGGCCAGCCGUAUGGCAUCCCAGCUUAUGAUUUAGGUCCAUUGUGGGCAGGCAUAAAGACGGAGGGGGGCCUGAGCCAGUCCCAGUCCCCUGGACAGACGGGCUUCCUCAGCUACGGCUCUGGCUUCACCACGCCGCAGACAGGCCAAGCCCCCUACAGCUACCAGAUGCAAGGUGGUACUUUUACAACAACUUCGGGAUUGUAUCCAGGAAACAACUCCCUGACGAACUCCACCGGCUUCAACAGCACACAACAGGAAUACUCGAGUUAUCCAGCCUUUGGCCAGGGCCAGUAUGCUCAGUAUUACAACAGUUCCCCCUACACUUCACCCUACAUGACAAGUAACAACACCAGUCCCAGCACCCCCUCCACCACCACCACCUAUACCCUCCAGGAGCCGCCCACUGGCAUCACUAGCCAGGCGCUCACGGACAACUCUGUUGGAGAGUACAGUACCAUCCACAGUCCAUCAACCCCCAUUAAAGAUUCAGAUUCGGAUCGAUUGCGCCGGGCCUCGGAUGGAAAGUCACGUGGCCGGGGGAGAAGGAACAACAACCCAUCACCGCCGCCCGACUCUGACCUUGAGCGAGUUUUCAUCUGGGACCUGGAUGAAACAAUCAUCGUUUUCCAUUCCUUGCUUACGGGUUCUUACGCCAACAGAUAUGGACGGGACCCACCGACCUCUGUUUCAUUAGGCCUGAGGAUGGAAGAAAUGAUCUUCAACUUGGCUGACACACACUUAUUCUUUAACGACUUAGAGGAAUGUGACCAGGUACAUAUUGACGAUGUGUCGUCCGAUGACAACGGUCAGGAUCUGAGUACGUAUAACUUUGGCGCGGACGGUUUCCAUGCAGCGGCGACCAGCGCCAACCUGUGUCUGGCCACGGGCGUGCGCGGAGGCGUGGACUGGAUGAGAAAGCUGGCCUUCCGCUACAGACGAGUAAAAGAAAUCUACACCACCUACAAAAAUAACGUUGGAGGUCUGCUGGGCCCGGCCAAAAGGGAAGCCUGGUUGCAAUUGCGAGCAGAAAUUGAAGCCUUGACGGACUCCUGGUUAACACUGGCACUGAAAGCACUAACAUUAAUCCACUCAAGGUCAAACUGUGUGAAUAUCCUGGUGACCACCACGCAGCUCAUCCCCGCCCUGGCUAAGGUCCUGCUCUACGGCUUGGGAAUCGUCUUUCCUAUCGAGAAUAUUUACAGUGCAACCAAAAUAGGGAAGGAGAGCUGCUUCGAGAGGGUAAUUCAAAGGUUCGGGAGGAAAGUUGUUUACAUUGUCGUUGGAGACGGCGUGGAAGAGGAGCAAGGCUCGAAAAAGCACAACAUGCCCUUCUGGAGGAUCUCCAGCCAUUCAGACCUCAUGGCCCUCCACCACGCUCUGGACCUGGAGUACUUGUAG